AUGACACAGUACGCACGACACAAAGAUUAUAAUCUAAAAUUAAUAGAUACACUUUAUAAUCAAGUACCAGCAUUUACUGAUGUUUUUGACGAAGAAACUUGGUAUAUCUUUGUUGGUUUCUUUGUGGCAGGAACUAUUAUGCUCGCUUUUAUUUUAUCUAGAUUUAUAACAAUAAAACCAGUCGAUUAAUAGAAUUUUUUUCUUUUAAAUUCGAAUAUUUUAAUAGUGAAAAAAAUGAAAUAUCAAAAUCCUAUAUUACUCUCUUGUUAUAGAGAAAAUAGUAUCUAAAAAAAAAAAGAAAGAUUAUCGUUUAUUUCAAUAUUGGAAACUUGAUAUAUCUUUAGAUGAAUAAUGAAAUAAACCAAAGCAAAUCUGAAAGCUUAGAACUUGUAUCUCCAUACAUAUAAUGAGCAUGAAUGUAUUUUUCAUUUAUACACUUGAAAAAAUCUCGUACAAAACUUUAUACUCAUCUAAAUAUAGAGCAAAUUAAAAUUAAAUGAAAAAUAUGUAAUCCCAUUAAAGAGCUUUAUUCAAAUGAUUUUGUCCAGGAGCGUCGCAACAAUUUUUUUUUGUUUUUUUAAUUUUUCUUGACCAAUAUUGAUAAUUCGACUGAUUGAAUAAAAUUAAAAAAUAUAAACAACUGAAAUGUAAUGAUUAAGCAAUAUAUUAGUUAAAUAUUUUCCAUUGAAUGGACUUGAACAAUAGUAUACAAUUUUAUACUUGUUUAGAUUAUUCUAAAUAAUCAUUAAAACAAUGUUUCGAACUAUAUAUACGUUAAAAAAAAAACUCAAAAAUGUUAUGUAUUAGCAACUAUUUACCGUUCUUUUUUUUUGUUACUAAAAAAAUGUGUUAAAUAAAUAUUUAAUCAUUGAAA